AUGCCGUGCAGAUCAGUAUUGUGUCCCCAGACGUUCACAUUCUCUGUCAAUGAUGAGAGGACCAAACAUAUUUUAUCUAAGUUUGCAGAUGAUACAAAUCAGGGUGGCAGAGUGAGUUGUGAAGAAGAUGCAGAGAAGCUUCAGGGGGAUGUGAACAGACUAAUGGAUGGGUACACACAUAAUGAACGUAGAAUGGAAAAACGUGAGAUCAUCUGCUGGGGUAGAAAAAUUAAAGUAGAGGAUUUUGUUUUAAAUGAGUCAAAGAAAGAAAAAACAAAGACUUCAAAAGAGGAAGUUCAACCAUCUAAAGACAAAGAAAAAAAAAUUGAAAAAGAAAAGCAGAGAAAACCUUCAACCAAGCCAAAGGAGAAAGAGCAAAAAGUUGUAAAAGAGAAAAAGACACACCUCACACAACCAGAGCCAGAAAAGCUAAAAAAAGCAAAAUCAGCUCCUGCAGCUGCAACUAAAGAGGCUGAAACCAUGAAGAAAGUGAAGCCAAAACCUGCAGAGAAAGAGGCUGAUACUGUGAAGCAAGUGAAACCAAGGCCUACAGAGAAAGAGGCAGAACACGUGAAGCAAGUGAAACAAAAACCUGCAGAAAAAGAGACAGAAACGAUAAAGCAAGUGAAACCAAAAUCUAUGGAGAAAGGUACUACAAACGUUAGACCACUGGAAUAUUUACAUCUGGUUGUAACUUUGCAGAUCUCCCUCUUCUAA